AUGUCAUCGUUAGCCAGUCGUGCAGGUCCACGUAUGCGCGACUCGAAGAAUAGGAAUAUGUUGAAAGUUGACUUAUCAAUCGGCAGGGGUUUGAUUAAACUAUUUAUACAAGCCUUAAUUAGGACGAUGAGGGCCUUCGUUUAUGUCCGUGAAGACCAUGAAUUUCCCGACACAAUACCCCCACUAGUACUGGUGAUCCGAACACAAAACGUGAGGCGCUUUUUGCAGGCGGCACUCCACCUCAUGGGAACUCGAAAUCAUUCCGAACAGCGACACUAG